UGCUAUAUAAAGCCUUUAUAAGUUGUAUUUAGUUUAAUCACAGUCUAUCCAUCUGCUUUCCCAACAGCAGAGACCAUGGUGGAGAGUGUUGUAUCAAGCCUGGACCUGAGAACACCAGAGACCAGAUAUGGAUUCCUCAGAGCUGUAAGACUUGUGACCAUGUUGAGGACUCCACACACUGGCUUCAGAUUGAACCCUUGACUUCCACUGUCCAGGGAGUGACAAUGUUCAGGCACAGGACACCCAAAGGGCAUUAUGAGUGCACAGUGUCUGGGCUCCGCUGGGUGUGUGAGAGAGAUGUCAUUCUGAAGUAUCACUUCAGGAACUGGGAACCCUACAGUCAACUUCUGAAAGACAUGCAGUACGGACAAGGUGGUCCAUUGCUGGACAUCACUAUGGAGUUAGGUGAACUGGAGGAAGUUCAUCUGCCACACUUUGUCUGUUUAGGGACCAACCCUUCCCUGAGGAAUGAGAUGAAGAUUCUUCAUGUAGAGGAACAUGGAGUGUCUGUUGAGGAAGUGCAUGAGGUCACCAGAUUCCAUGCCAAAAUUCUCCAUCCCAAGUUCUCAGUUAUCUCUGUUAUACUGAGCUAUAUCUUUUGGCGGAACAUAGAUGUCCACUGUGAGCUGAUGCUCUAUCUGUCAGUGAAAAAUCAAACACUAAUUCCACGCCUAUACCUGUUCCCCAGUAACCCCAGCCAAAUACAGGCUGUGGAACAACAGGAAAAGUCUCAAGGGUCUUCAAGGGUUCUCAUCUCAAGACCGGAGCAGGCCUUCAAACUGAAUAGUUUCUUCAGACUGAACAUUCCCUGUUCUACCGCCAUCAAUCCACAGAAGAUUCAUCUCAUACAUAGAGACUCCACACCAAGCUUUUUCAGGGCGGUUGUGAAAAUGACAGGGGUUGACAUUGAGAUGGAGUUAUUCGGUGAUGAUGAGAGGAUUGCAUGGAAAGAAGUGGUAUCACAAGAUGAAUACAUCACUGCCACCCAUUCAACAACAUUAACAGUCCCUGACAUUCCUGCUGAGGAGUUUCUGAAGAAACACUGGGCUAAACUAAUUCAGCGAACCAAAACUCAAUGCCAAUAGCAGAUGAUCUGUGGUCAAAGAACAUGAUUGGUGAAGAAGAGCACUCCAGAAUAACAGCUGAAACAACUGAACAGGACCGAAU